AUGCCCGCUAAGGCGGCCAAGCGUGAGCAGAAGGGGGCUGCCUCGGCCCCCCCGCCCAUGAAAAGGGCAAAGGCGAAGGCUAAGCAGCCGGAGUCUGACCCUGCUGGUUCGGCAGGAGGUGCGCAGCCGGAGGCGCCGCCGGAGACCAACCAAGUCGUGGGCCCGACGCUGGACAUCAUCACCGAUGCUUUGAACGCCAUCAAGGGGUCGCCAUUCUUCGCCGACCUCGAGAAGAAAAUGCCGCUGACCAUCGCCCAGGGCGGUCGCCAGGCGCCGUUCGUGAAGGAGGAUUGUUCUGAUGCCCUCAGCCGCGGAUCCCCCUACUCAUGUGGGUGCAACCUCUUCUGGCAGAACUUCUUCUGGAGCUCCAGCUACCGCGCCCCUGUGAACAUGGGGCAGGUCAGGGAGAUCGUGAACUACCACCUUAAGAGCCCGCCAAAUGUCUUCCCCAUGAACACCGUCUUCGCGGUGGACAGCUCGGACAUGGGCGUCGCCGAGCACCUGGGCAGUUUGCAGCGCCUCUCACCAAUCGAGCCGCAGCUGGCCUUGCUCAUGGCCAUCGCUGACGCGGUAAAGCAGCAGGCGGAGGACUCCAUCCUGUCAAAGUGGAUGCAGGUCGUGCUUUCGGCGCCAGUGACGUUCGAGGUGGUGUUGCCAGGUGACCUGCGGUAUUGGCGCGCCCAGAACAUUCGGCAGGAGUGGAUCGAGCAUGGGGAGACAGCCCAACUCACCGUGAGGCAAUGGGUGUACGACAUCGUCGGGUUCAAGGCGGCGAAGGAAAAAGAGCUGGAGAAAACGUUGGGCGCCAAGGACGUCAGCGAGCUCUACGAGAAGAAAAUGAAGUAUGCGCGGUCUACUGAAAAAGUGAAACAAACCUUCGUGGAUAACGCAAUCACAGUCCACAAGCGGUUGCUGUCCCUGGAGGCGUCCAAUCGGUGCCUUGUCUGGGCGGACGAGAACCUGAUGAACAAGUCCCCGUGGAAUAGCCUCUACGCGAUGCACGCUGUGGUCGAGCGCGCGUCGACCCCCAACAAGAUCGAUUGGGCGAUGAUGGGCCUCACGGAUCAUUACCGCAUGGCGCCCCGGGGGGGUCAGAACCACCAGGACUUCAUCAACUUAGGCGAGUUCGGUGUCAGCAAGCUCAGGGACUACAGGCAGAGCUACGUUGAAAUCUUGAACAUGAAAUACGACGUGAAGAACGAGCUCUUGUUCAAGUGGCUUCCGCGCACUGGCAUCCCAACCGAACACGUCACAUUGAUGCAAGAGAAGAUGAAUACCUUCGACGCGGUGCGGACGUACGUCAGUUCCUACCCAGGGGGGGUAGUCGAUACCACGUGGCAGGCUCUGAUUAGUGUUGGUGGCAAGCAGUCGGCUGUUUCGGCUGUCACGCUCAUCGAGGAGUUGGUGUACACAACCGAGUUCGACUCUCGCUACAGGAACGCCGUCCAGUCGAAGCUCGAGGUGGCGGAUUUUCUCGCCUACGAAUCGAUCUCCACGCGCAUGAACGAAGUCAUCGAGAUGGUGCGGAGGGAGAACAAUGGGGGGCAUGGUACUACUGACACGCCGGCCGCGGCUGGAAGUGGCACGGGCACCCCUGCAGCUGCCGGGGCUGACAACCCUGCGGGGCAGAUGACCGCAGUGGCGGGCGACAGGCCCGCGGAGUUGAAAAACUUCGACAAGCUGCCAGAGAUGGACAAAACGAGUUGGAACAAAUUCAUCGACAAGCUCAUUCGCACGUACGUUCAGAUCGUGCCCGACCAGAAAACGGCGGCCGAGCUGGAGACCAUGCUCCGGGACUCCGCGCUCGCCACCAUCAAGGGUGACCCCACGGGGCUGGUGCUGUACCACUUCGACGUGAAGCAGUUCGGCGAGCCGCUCACCAGGCCUGAGCUGCGCAUUGCGCCCCUCAGGGAUGGCCCGUGCCACCGCCUCGUGCGGACGAUGCUGAACGCGAGGGCGCCUCAGGGGCAACUAGCCCAUCUCCGCAAUGGGGAGGUCGCAGUGAUUUUGGACGGCGGGCGGAGGGGCAACGCGACCAAGUUGCUCGGGCCGUGGAAGGAGAACACCAUCGAGACGAAGAAGGAUACACCGCCGAGCAAGGGGCGCGGCUGCGAUGAGCCCGACGAUGACGAUGAUAAGGAGGAUGACGACAACAGCGACGCUGAGAAGAAGGCCGGCUUCAAAGCUUCGAUCAUCCAGCUCGCGUACACGGAGGAGAGCCUCAAGAAGCGCCGCAACAGGGUUCACGGAGGCACGGGGAGCUUGCAGCAGGUAGAGUGGGUGCACAUGUUGGCGCACUCGCGCAUUUCGGCCCCUGAGCGGCGCCGCAAGCACUUCGAGGGCAGCACCGCGGGGGAUCUGAUCAACGGCAUCGAGCUCCCAGAGUUGAGCAAGGAAUGGCACGUGACGUGGAAAGACAAAAAGGCAAUAUACGGGAAGCGCAAUCUGAUUGCGGUGGGGGGCAAAACAGAGGGCAUUCAAGGCGAGGCCGAGCGGAAAACCGACUCUACCGUUGUCCCCAUUUCCUACCACGGCAUGCCGCUUGUCUUCUACAAAGAGCUGCUGCACAUGUUCUUUGUCAAAUGCGUCCUCGACAUGACCCCGCUCAACGCGAAAUUCGCGUGGGCUUGUCUCGAGGAGAGGGUCGCAUACGUCGGGGUGGCCUUCGCGAAAGAACACAUGGAGAAAAUCUACCUCCACCUGGCGGAGCUCGUGAAGAGCGCGAUGGCGGAUCCUGGGUCCAAGCUGUUCAACAAGGAGUACGCGAAAGCUGUCGGCAAGGAGGUGGCGCCGACGCCGAAGGUUCUGUUUCGAGUAUUGGUCAAGGCCUUUGGGCUCCGCCGCCUGCGCCACCGCCACCGCAGCUCGCUGCCGACCUCGAGCUGCGGUAGGAGAGGUCUGUCGGGCAAUUCGCCGACGGCAGCGAGCUGCGGCAGGGGCUGGCGGCCCCUGCCGCAGCUCACUGCCGACCUCGAGCUGCGGGCACCGCCGCAGCUCACUGCCGACCUCGAGCUGCGGUCGGCAGUGAGCUGCGGUGCCCUCGGCGACUUGCCCGACAGACCUCUCCUACCGCAGCUCGAGGUCGGCAGUGAGCUGCGGUCGGCAGCGAGCUGUGGCGGUGGCUACCGCAGCUCGCUGCUGUCGGCGAAUUGCGCGACAGACCUCUCCUACCGCAGCUCGAGGUCGGCAGUGAGCUGCGGCGGCGGUGGUGCAGGCGGCGGCGACAGUGGCGGGGUCCUGAAGUUGGGAUCUGAUUUCUCGGGCGUCGAGACGGCGUCCGUGGCCAUGAAGCGCAUGGGCAUCAGUCAUUCCCUCGAGUUCGUGAGCGAGUCUGAUUCGGCGUGCAUGUCAGUCAUCAAGAAGAACCACCAGCCGGCGCACGCGUUCUCGAACAUACUGGAGCGCACGGCCGCGGAGGAGACCUACGCCGACGUGUACGUGUGGACCCCUCCUUGCCAAGACUUCUCUGCUGGCGGCAAACAGGAGGGCGUCAGCGGCGAGCGCCGCACGGGGGACCUGAUCAAGAAGAGCAUGCAGUUCAUAACGAACAAACGGCCCCGCCUGACCAUCUUCGAGAACGUCCCGACCCUCAUGGCCAAAAAGUUCGCCCGCAUCCUCAAGGGCAUCGAGGAAGCGCAGAAGAAGCUUGGCUACGUCGUUCACGUGAAGAAGCUGAACAGCAAGGACUUUGGAGUUCCCCAGUCGAGGGAGCGCGUCUAUGUUGUCGGCGUGCGGCAGGACAGCGAGAUGCAUCCGUUCACGUGGCCGCAGAAGCAGGCGACGCCUCCAGCGACUUCCAUCCUGGAGCCCAAGCGUGCGACCGACGUGGCAGGUCGGCUCCCCAGCAGCGAGCGCAGCCGGGACCGGUACAAGGCCGCCUACAAGAAAGUCUGCAAGAAGAAGACGGGGGUGGACCCGCGCGUGACCCCAGUGAUGGUCGAUAUCGACUGCUCCGAGAGGUUCGCCACGCACGGGAUCAACAUCGCCAGGACCCUCACCAAAACCCGUGGCCAGAACUGA